AUGGUCCCUCACACUGAGAACAAGGUUCCUCACUCUGAGGGCAAGGUUCCUCACACUGAAGACAAGUUUCCUCGCUCUGAGGACAAGGAUCUUCACUCUGAGGACAAGAUCCUCACUCUGAGAACAAGGUCCUCACUCUGAGAACAAAGGGUCCGCCUCUGAAGGUAGGUUCCUCACACUGAGGACAAGUUUCCUCCUUCUGAGGACAAGUUACCUCACCCUGAGGGCAAGGUUCCUCACACUGAGGAGAAGGUUCCUCACUCUGAGGUCAAGGUACCUCACUCUGAGGACAAGGUUCCACACACUGAGGCCAAGGCUCCUCACACUAAGAAGAAGGUUUCUCACACUGAAAACAGGGUUCCUCACCCUGAGAACAAGGUUCCUCACUCUGAGAACAAGGGUUCCUCAAUCUGAGGACAAGUUUCCUCACACUGAGGACAUGGUUCCUCACACUGAAAACAAGGUUCCUCACUCUGAGAACAAGGUUCCUCACUCUGAGAACAAGGUUCCUCACUCUGAGAACAAGGGUUCCUCAAUCUGAGGACAAGUUUCCUCACACUGAGGACAAGGAUCUUCACUCUGAGUACAAGGUUCCUCACUCUGAGAACAAGCUUCCUCACUCUCAGGACAUUUUUCCGCCCUCUGAAGCAGGUUCCUGAGACUAAGAACAAGGUUCCUCGCUCUGAGGACAAGGCUCCUCACUCUGAGCACAAGGUUCCUCACACUAAAGACAACAUUCCUCACUCUGAGAACAAGGUUCCUCACUCUGAGGACAAGGUUUCUCACUCCGAGGACAAUGUUCCUCACUCUGAAGUCAGGUUCCUCACUCUGAGGACAAGGUUCCUCACUCUGAGUACAAGGUUCUUCACACUGAGGACAAGGAUCCGCACUCUGACAACAAGGUUCCUCACUCUGAGGACAAGGUUCCUCACUCGACGACAAGGUUCCUUACUCUGAGGAAAAGGUUCCUCACACAGAGGACAAGGGUCCUCACUCUGAGGGCAAGGUUCCUCACCAUGAGGACGACGGUCUUCACUCUGAGGAUAAGGUUCCGCACUCUGAAGGCAGGUUCCGCACUCUGAAGGCAGGUUCCUCACACUGAGGACGAGGUUCCUCACACUGAGGACAAGGUUCCUCACACUAAAGACAAGGUUCCUCACUCUGAGGACAAGGUUCCUCACACUAAAGACAAGGUUCCUCACUCUGAGAAAAAGGGUUCCUCACUCUGAGGACAAGGUUUCUCACUCUGAGGACAAGGUUCCUCACUCUGAAGUCUGGUUCCUCACUCUGAGGACAAGGUUCCUCACUCUGCGGACAACGUUCUUCACACUGAGGACAAGGUUCCGCACUCUGACAACAAGGUUCCUAACUUUGAGUUCAAGUUUCCUCACUCUGAGAAAAACGUUCCUCACACUGAGGACAAUGCUCCUUACUCUGAGGACAAGGCUCCCCACUCUGAGGGCAAGGUUCUUCAUUCCGAGGAGAAGGUUCCUCACUCUGAGGAGAAGGUUCCUCACACUGAGGACAAAGUUCCUCACUAUGAGAACAAGGUUGCUCACUCUCAGGACAAGGUUCCUCACUGUGAGGACAAGGUUCCUCACUCUGAAGGCAGAUUCCUCACACUGAGAACAAGAUUCCUCACUCUGAGUACAAGGUUCCUCACUCUGAGGACAAAGAUCCUCACUCAGAGAACAAGGUCCCCUACUCUGAUGACAAGGUUUCUCACUCUGAGGACAAGGCUCCUCGCUCUGAGGACAAGAUUCCUCACUCUGAGAACAAGGGUCCUCACUCUGAGGACAAUGUUGUUCACUCUGAGGACAAGUUUUCUCACUCUGAGGACAAGGUUCCUCAAUCUGAAGGCAGGUUCGUCACACUGAGAACAAGGUUCCUCACUCUGAGGACAACGUUCCUCACUCUGAGAACAAGGUUGUUCACACUGAGGACUAGGUUCCUCACUCUGAAGACAAGGUUCGUCACACUGAGGACAAGGAUCCUCACUCUGAGGACAAGGUUCCUCACUCUGAAGGCAGAUUCCUGACACUGAGAACAAGGUUCCUCAAUCUGAGGAUAAGAGUCCUCAGUCUGAGGACAAGCUUCCGCACACUGAGGACAAGGUUUGUCUCUCUGAGGACAAGGUUCUUCACACUGAGGACAAGGUCCGCACUCUGACAACAAGGUUCCUCGCUCUGAGGACAAGGUUCCUCACUCUGAGGAGAAGGUUCCUCAGUCUGAAGAAAACGUUCCUAACACUGAGGACAAGGCUGCUCACUCUGAGGACAAGGCUCCUCAUUCUGAAGACAAGUUCCUCACUCUGAGGAGAAGAUUCCUCACUGUGAGGACAAGUUUCCUCACUCUGAAAGCAGGUUCCUAACUCUGAGGACAAGGUGAUUCACACUGAGGACAACGUUCCUCACCCUGAGAAGGAGGUUCCUCAUUGUGAGAACAAGGUUCCUCACUCUGAGAACAAGGUUCCUCACACUGAGGACAAGGUUCCUCACUCUGAGGACAAGCUUCUUCACACUGAGGACAAGGUUACUCACUUUGAGAACAAGGUUCCUCACUCUGACGACAAGGUUCCUCAAUCUGAGGGCAAGGUUCCUCACACUGAGGACAAGUUUCCUCACUCUGAGGACAAGGAUCCUCACUCUGAAGACAAGGUCCUCACUCUGAGGACAAGGUUCCGCCCUCUGAAGGCAGGUACCUCUGACUGAGGACAAGGUUCCUCGCUCUGAGGACAAGGUUGCUAACUCUAAGGACAAGGUUUCUCACACUAAAGACAAGGUUCAUCACUCUGAGAACAAGGUUCCUCACUCUGAGGACAAGGUUACUCACUCUGAGGACAAGGUUCCUCAUUCUGAAGUCAGGUUCCUCACUCUGAGGACAAGGUUCCUUACUCAGAGGACAAGGUUCUUCACACUGAGGACAAGGUUCCGCUCUCUGAGAAGAAGGUUCAUGACUCUGAGGACAAGGUUCCUCACUCUGAGGACCAGGCUCCUAACUCUGAGGACAAGGUUCCUCACUCUGAGAAGAAGGUUCCUCACUGUGAGGAUAAAGUUCCUCAAACUGAGGACAAGUUUCCUGACUCUGAGGACAAGGUUCCACACUCUGAAGUCAGGUUCCUCACUCUAAGUACGAGGUUCCUCACUCUGAGGACAAGGUUCUUCACACUGAGGAGAAGGUUCCGAACGCUGAGAAGAAGGUUCAUGACACUGAGAACAAGGUUCCUCACUCUGAGGACAAGGUUUCUCACUCUGAGGACGAGGUUCCUCACUCUGAAGUCAUGUUCCUCACUCUGAGGACAAGGUUUCUCACUCUGAGGAAAAGCCUCUUCACACUCAGGACAAGGUUCCGCACUCUGAGAAGAAGGUUCAUGACUCUGAGGACAAGGUUCCUCACUCUGAGGACAAGGUUCCCCACCCUGAAGAAAAGGUUCCUCACACUGAGGACAAGGCUCCUCACACUGAGAAAAAGGUUCCUCACACUGAGGACAAGGUUCUUCAUUCUGAGGACAAGGUUCCUCAUUCUGAGGACAAGGUUCCUCACUCGGAGGACAAUGUUCCUCACUCUGAGGUCAGAUUCCUCACUCUGAAGACAAGGUUCCUCACUCUGAGGACAAGGUUCUUCACACUGAGGUCAAGGGUCCACACUCUGACAUGAAGGUUCCUCACUCUGAGGACAAGGUUCCUCACUCUCAGGAAAACGUUCCUCACACUGACGACAAGGCUUCUUUCACUGAGGACAAGGCACCUCACUCUGAGGACAAGGUUCCUCAAUCUGAGGGGAAGGUUUCUCACUCUGAGGAUAAGGUUUCUCACUCAGAAAACAAAGUACCUCACUCUGAAGACGAGGUUCCUCACACUGAGGACAAGGUUCCUCACGGUAACGACAAGGUUCCUCACUCCGACAACAAGGUUCCUCACUCUGAGAACAAGGUUCCUCACUCUGAGAACAAGGGUUCCUCAAUCUGA